ACGCAAUAUGGAGUCACUGAGCGAGGAGAUCUGGGACGUGGUCAUCGUGGGGACCAGCAUCCCUCAGUCACUUUUGGCAUUCGUGCCUGGCUAGGUCACUUUCGCGCUCAGGCAAGAAAGUCCUGCACAUCGACCGUCACACCUAUUACGGAGGUAAUGACGCCGCAUUCAGUCUCCAAGAUGCGGAAGAGUGGCUGAGAGACCUGGAAACAUGUGAACACGGUGUGCGAACAUGAAUAAGUAAGCUAGCUGACCUUGUAAAGGCCCAAAUUCUGCGUUCAAAGCAGCUUCUAUCUCAAGACCGCAGCCUGAAGAAGAGAACUCACCUACCUCCUCCCUCGGACCGUCGCGCUCAUACACCUUGAGUCUAAACCCUCAAAUCAUCUACGCGCAGUCGAAAUUUCUUCCAAGUCUUGUCUCUUCCCGCAUACACGCCCAACUAGAAUUUUUAGCUGUUGGCUCGUGGUGGGUGCAGCGUGAUGGCUCUUUGCACAAGAUUCCAAGCAUGCGUGAGGAUGUCUUCAACGAUGAGUCCCUUUCUAUGAAGGAUAAACGUGGCUUGAUGAAAUUUUUACGCUAUGUGCUGCAAGAGGAGGGUGAAUCAGCUACUGAUCCAGAGGAUGAUGGCUCGAUGUCUCUUCAAGCUGCUCUUGACACCAAGUUCAAAGUCCCCGCAUCUCUGCAAGCACCGUUACUGGCGCUUGCACUUUCACCAAUGCCCGCAAGCUCGAUACCAUUCGGCAAAGCACUGGCCAGGAUACGACGACACAUGCGAUCUAUGGGCUACUUUGGGCCAGGCUUUGGUGCUGUCAUUGCGAAGUAUGGCGGGAAUUCGGAAAUUUCACAGGUCGCCUGUAGAGCCGCCGCUGUCGGAGGCGGAGUGUAUCUCUUGGGCCAAGAGCUGAGCUCGUUGGGCGCAGUGGAUUCAGAUGUUGCAGCCACGAUGGGCAGUGAAGGUUCAGUGCUUGAGGGCACCCUUGCUAAUGGGACGAAAAUCAAGACUCGAUUCAUCGCUGGUUUUCCAAACGAAAUUCCUUCUCUGGAGAGCAUUCAUGGAACAGGAAGCCCAUCUGAUAAAACUUGGCGAUCAAUCAACAUUGUCAACGAAUCUCUACAAAUCCUCUUUCCUCAGACAUCCGACAACGGCCCGGUGCCUGCUGCUGCAAUAGUGGUGGUAGACGACGGUGAAAUGAGCUUGGACAGGUGUCCAGUCUACUUACAAGUUCAUUCGGACGAUGCAGGGGAAUGUCCGCCUGGCCAAUGUGUUAUCUACGCAUCCGUUCGCGUCCAGGAGAAUGACGAGUCGUCAAACCAACGACUACGAGCCGCUGUGCAGUCUUUUCUUGACGCACAAGGCGCAUCAACGUCACUCCUAUGGUCGUUGUCGUAUAUGGUCUCUGGCCUGGCCGAAGAUCCGCAUUCCGCCUAUUCACUAUCCAAACCUUCACCAUCGGUCUUGGUCUUUCCCUCCGAAUCUCAUGACCUUUCGUUUUCUGACAGCGUCCUUGAUGUCGUCAAAGCCGCUUGGAGAUCGAUAAUUGGAGCAGAUGCUGACGAAACCUCAUUCUUGCGGUUUGAAGAGCGCGAGUACGAAGUUGACGACUAGGCAUGCUGAUAUUGCUCUGUCCGAUUCGUUAGACGACAUUGUCAUCCGGGCGGAAAAAUCAGUGGCUUCCCCGGCACGUGACUAUUCGCACUUCACCAUCAACCUCUCUCGGCCGUCCACUCUACCGCUGGUCCGAGGACCAAGAUGAAUCGCACUCUCGCAAGGUUACUAUUGCGUUCUCAAACAGAAGCAAGGAUUAUAUUGGACAAGACGUAUACCUCGCUGGGACUGACACCAGUCUUUGUCCAGUGUCUGGCCUGGCGUUGAAGUCUGUGGACAUGAGGCUCCCAGGAAUCAUUACGCUUGGCGUUGGCAUCUUGCAUGCACUUGCUGUAGCAUUCAUUCUCCUACUAAUUCAACUGCACCGCUUGUUGAAAUCAUGACUCCGGCUAUGCAGCAACCUCUACGCUAACAAGACGGUGGUCUACCAUUCACCACUCGACGAUGAACAGUCAUUCGACCUCUCGAGUUGCGUCAUAUCUUGGCCGCUUCACAAGAGAUUCUAAUCACUUCGUUCCGUCACGUGCCCUUUUCCGAGGCCGAUGUUUUUGCGAUCCUUGGGAUGGAUUGUCGCGCCGAUUGCGGGUCAGCGGGAGGAAAGUGCAGGCCGGAGCUGGACGACGCGCGUGCUGUCAAUGAUGCCCGAUCUUUUCAUUCUCUAAUUACCAGCAGGCCUCUGGACGAAGAGUGAUAAGACGUUCUGAACCCAGCACACAUCUUCGAGUACACGAGUCAUUUAAGGUGGGUUACAGUCAUACGAGAUAUUUGUGCGCAUCUCCUUGCCGCCUGAUGGGUUGAGCGUCUAUAUACCUUAUCAUGUCAAGCCUGUACGUGCAAGCUCGUACUUCUUAUGCUCCGGGAGACAUGAUCUCGGUCAUCAAAGGACUAAUGUGGUACUGUCGUGAAAGAUGAUUGCUCCUGGCCAGACUUGCCACUUCCGGUGUCCACAGGAUCCACGGUUCCUGAGAAUUAUCAUAUGC